UUKUGAAAUAAUGAUGAUCUGGUUCUGUCAGCAAUGACUUAGGGCAUUCGAAUCGUUUUUAAGCCGCAAUUUGGUGAAAUGAAACUACUUUUAGCGAUUUUAUCAUCUAAGUAUAACAGACAACUUUAAUUACACUAUCUGAGAAUCUAUGUUUAUACAAUCAAGGUCAAAAUAUAAACGAAAAACGAAAAGAAAAAAAAAGAAAAACAAGAUCUUUCGAGAAAGCAAAACCCUUGAGCAUCUCAGGAAUUAUGGAGCUGUCAAAGACUGCUUGUUUGCGGUCUCCGGUCGCGAUAUCAGAAGUAAUGGAACUUAUUUAAUACACGUUAGAAUGAAAGCAACAAAAACGUGUUUUAAGAAGCUAAAGAGACAGAAAAUCAAAUGGAAUACAAGGAUAAUAUGAAGUGCUCCUGAGUCCUGCUUGUAAAUGUAAGCAAUUAAAAACUCCGUCUGCCGGAUUCAGCUGACUUCCCAAGACCGCAUAGCGUGAUGGGACAAUAGAGGGUUCAAAAGCAGUCCCUUGUACAGCAUUUCAUAAACUAUAAAGGGACUUCAUAAUUACAGUUGAUGGCGCCCCUGGCAAUUUUGAUGUUAUCAGAAUUCCUGGCGUCGUUAAAAAYCGAUCUCAACAGUCUCGCUUGGCUUUAUAUUGCUAUCAUUAACAAUUUAGAAAGACUGGAUUAGAGUAUAAAAACUGUGCUAUUGUGAGGCGGCGGAAUUUGGCUUAAAUAUUCAAAAGGUGAUAUUGUUUCGAAGUCUCUCGUGAACGCGACUAAGCAGAACAUAAAUUGCUUCCGUUUGCACUGAGAACUUGGAUAGCAAGACAGAAGGUURAACUAAGGCGCUGCUCAAACAUACACCAAAGRCCUCMAGUCAUAAAGAACCAAUUUUGGGACUCCGGRAUGAAUACCACAUUUCAAAACAAGACAGGAAUCCAAAACCAUGAAACAAUGCCGUCAAAAGCUGUUAAAACAUUCGCUUACGCAGCUAUUUUGAUAGCGAGUUUAUUUGGGAACACACUUUUGAUACUUGCCAUCAAAAGAAACAUCAAUGGYAGAAUGCGRACUGUUAGCAAUUUGUUCAUCGCUAGUUUAGCGGUGUCAGACUUAAUGCURACCAUAUGGAGCUUCCCUGAAAGGAUGACUCGAACAGUGACAGACGACGCGUGGCUGAUUCCUGGCGUUGGCGGCUCGAUACUCUGCAAAAUUGUCAACUUUACAGAAAAGCUUUCGAUCACAGUUUCGGUCCUCCAUCUGGGAGCCCUUGCCUUGGAGAGAUUUUUAGCUGUAUUUUGCCCAUACCGAACUAUUAUUAAAACUUAUUUCGUGAAGUAUAUUGCCGGUUGUAUAUGGACGUUCAGYGCUCUGUAUUGGUCUCCGAUUUUAUAUUACGGAAAGAUUAUAGGCAYGGAAGAGUURCGUUGUGAAGUCAGACGAUUUGCCAAAUACUGGAGACACUGGUAUCUCGCGUUCAUCGUAAUCCUAUGCGGACUAAUGCUUGCAAUAUUGCUGUUAUACUCUGCAUUGGCAAUCAGCUUGUGCCAUCGCAGAAACUCKUCAUUAAAGCUUGCUUCACAAAGAAGRAAGUCAGAGACAAUUAAGARAAGAGUUGUAGCAAUGGUCGGUGUUAUUAUAGUAGCAUUCUAUGUAUGCUUUCUUCCGUAUUGGAUCGGGUGGGUUUGGUGCUCCUACUCGGGUACCAUGCCUAAGGGUAUAUGCAACCAAACGUAUAAGUUCAUAUCGAUAUUCUUAUCGAACAUGAGUUGUAUGAUGAACCCAAUUAUCUGUUUUACAUUUAUUGGGUAUUUUAGAUUCGCUUUCAGAGCUAUACUCGAAGACCCAUUCAAUCGUAAACACCGACAACUUCGGCUUAGAAUGCGUCGUCGAAGUUCUCAAACUGAACUCGACAGUGUAAUGCCGAAUUCGAAGAACUUUGGAAGAGAAGAGAAUUCUCAUCCGUCAGAAAAACAAACCUCGAAAGACCACGACAAUUCGUUAAAUAAUGGAAAGAUACCGCUAAUUAACUCGGAUCACACCACAACGGAUGGAAUUUUAAAACCACCAGUCAAGCAGAAAAACGAAAACACGCUGAACACAAGUGAAACUGAAGCUAGUUUCUCUUGAGAAAUUCUCAAGUGAAGCUUACAGAAGAUAACGUUUUUCAUAACAAUGAUAAUAUCAGUACCAAACAUCAUAAUCACAUAGUAAAUAAGUAUAUGUUGACUAGUUAUGACGCGGUAUAAUAGGCUUGAUAGUCCGAUGCACAGGUACGAAAUCUGCAUACAAUCACAAGACGGACGCUAAUGAAAUCUACCCAAAUCAUCUACAAUGAGAAAAUGUUAUGGAUUCUUAACAAUAACAACAUUAUGAAGAUAAUGAAAUCGAGAAACACAGUUCAUCGUUGAAAUUAAUUCGCGGCAUAUAAGGAUAAAAAAAGGAGUGAAAAUUAAGACGUUARACACACGAAAAGGAAUCAGUAAAUAUUUUGAAAAUGAUAGCAGCUUCUAAUUUGGUUCAUCAUGUAUUUUGUUUUUUCAAAAACCGUUAGAUAAAAGUAGACAAAAUGAUCAAGAUAAUUCAAUUUGAAUAAUUUUAAUGGGAGUAUUUGAAAUAAUCAAGAAAGAGAGUCCACCAUAAUUUAUCUAUACUCAAAUYAAAGUAAAAAAAAUUCUUUGGCACUGUAAAAAUUUUGUAAGAAUACAGACGUAAAGACGCUGACUUCUAUGAUCGCAGUAGGGAAAGAUUAAUUGGUUUCUUAGGCCUACAGUCUUUUCAGAUAAUGAAAAUGUGGAGCCCCGUGCUCAAAAUAAAAGUCUCUUCAAUUCCAUUUGGGAAAGCGCAAUUAAAAAAUAUUUAAACCACAAA